GGGUCAAGAAAAAAAGAAGAGCCGACUUACUGCCACGCCCUGCAGCAAGGUACUAAGGUUUAUUUCAGACUAAAACCCUAGUUCGACCGUCUCUCUUGCCGGUCCGAGGUAAUGGCCAGUGCUCGGGAAAUUACAGCAGCCGAGUUUUUGCGGGGUACCAGUAGGCUAAAUGUUUUUCUACAUAGAAAUUUCCGUAGCCAGAAAAGCCAUUUGUUAUGGGGUACACUGCAUAGACAAGGUCGAAGACUGGGUAUAUCUAACAGUGGAAUUGUUUCAUUGAGGUGUCGUGCUCAAGCAAAGCCCGAGGCUAUUGUUUCUGGGGUUGUAAGCAGUAACAUAGAUGAGCAAUCAAGCUUGGUCGAGAAGCAUACCAAGGAAGUUAUCCAUUUUUAUCGGAUCCCGCUGCUUCAGGAAGGUGCAACCGCUGAACUUUUGAAGUCUGUUCAAUCCAAAGUCUCAAAUCAGAUUGUUGGUUUGAGAACUGAACAGUGCUUCAAUAUAGGGCUGGAUUCUGGGCUUUCAAGUGAAAAGCUUUCUGUUCUCAAGUGGCUUCUUCAGGAAACUUAUGAGCCGGAGAAUUUGGGGACAGAGAGCUUUCUUGAGAAGAAGAGGCGGGAGGGGUUGAAUACAGUUAUAGUUGAGGUUGGGCCUCGGCUGUCUUUUACAACAGCUUGGUCUUCAAAUGCUGUCUCGAUUUGUCGAGCAUGUGGAUUGACAGAAGUGGCCCGCAUGGAACGGUCAAGGAGAUACUUGUUGCAUAGCCAGGGUGCCCUGCAAGACCAUCAGAUUAAUGAGUUUGCUGCAAUGGUUCAUGAUCGGAUGACUGAGUGUGUUUAUACCCAGAAGCUUGCAUCAUUUGAGACCAAUGUGUUUCCAGAGGAUGUCCGCUAUAUACCCAUCAUGGAGAAGGGCCGGAAAGCAUUGGAAGAAAUUAAUCAGGAAAUGGGCUUGGCGUUUGAUGAGCAAGAUUUAAAGUAUUACACCCGGCUCUUUCGGGAGGAAAUCAAGCGGAAUCCAACAAAUGUGGAACUGUUUGACAUAGCACAAUCAAAUAGUGAGCACAGCAGGCACUGGUUUUUUACUGGUAGGAUGAUUAUUGAUGGACAGGUCAUGAGUAGAACUCUCAUGCAGAUCGUGAAGAGCACCUUGCUGGCUAACCCAAAUAAUUCUGUCAUUGGGUUUAAGGAUAACUCGAGUGCUAUCAAAGGGUUCCAUGUGAAGCAAUUGCGACCCAUUCAUCCUGGUUCAACAUGCCCAUUAGAGACAGCUGCACGUGAACUUGAUAUUCUAUUCACAGCUGAGACCCAUAAUUUCCCAUGUGCAGUGGCACCAUACCCUGGUGCAGAGACAGGUGCAGGAGGUCGCAUCAGGGAUACUCAUGCGACAGGAAAGGGGUCUUUUGUGGUUGCAUCUACAGCUGGUUAUUGUGUUGGGAAUCUCAACAUGGAGGGGUCUUAUGCUCCAUGGGAAGAUCCAUCCUUCACAUACCCAUCAAACUUGGCUUCACCUUUGCAAAUCCUUAUAGAUGCUAGUAACGGUGCAUCAGACUAUGGGAACAAAUUUGGAGAACCCUUAAUUCAGGGCUACACUAGAACUUUUGGAAUGAGACUCCCUAGUGGGGAGAGACGGGAAUGGUUGAAGCCAAUAAUGUUUAGUGGAGGUAUAGGGCAGAUUGAUCACACCCAUAUAGUUAAAGGAGAGCCUGACAUUGGGAUGUUGGUCGUAAAGAUUGGGGGGCCUGCGUAUCGUAUUGGAAUGGGUGGAGGAGCAGCAUCAAGCAUGGUUAGUGGCCAAAAUGAUGCAGAGCUUGAUUUUAAUGCUGUGCAGCGUGGAGAUGCUGAGAUGGCACAGAAGUUGUAUCGCGUUGUUCGUGCCUGCAUUGAAAUGGGGGAGCAUAACCCAAUUAUCAGCAUUCAUGAUCAGGGGGCUGGUGGGAACUGUAAUGUAGUGAAGGAAAUUAUAUACCCCAAAGGUGCUGAGAUUGAUAUCAGAAAAGUUGUAGUCGGUGACCACACGAUGUCUAUAUUAGAGAUUUGGGGUGCAGAAUAUCAGGAGCAAGACGCGAUCUUGGUGAAGCCCGAAAGCCACAACCUUUUACAAUCAAUCUGUGAUAGAGAAAGGGUUUCUAUGGCUGUUAUUGGAGCAAUAAAUGGCAAGGGAUGUGUUGUUUUAGUUGAUAGCUUGGCUAUUGAGAAAUGUCAUUCGAGUGGACUCCCUCCCCCUCCUCCUGCUGUGGAUCUUGAGCUUGAGAAAGUACUUGGUGACAUGCCUCAGAAGUCCUUCGAGUUUUUCCGGAUGGUUCAUGUGCGAGAGCCACUUGAUAUUGCUCCUGGGGUCACGGUAAUGGAUUCUUUGAAGAGGGUACUGAGACUUCCAUCAGUUGGUUCAAAACGUUUCUUGACAACAAAAGUGGAUAGAUGUGUAACUGGUCUUGUGGCGCAGCAGCAAACUGUUGGUCCCUUGCAAAUUACUCUUUCUGAUGUUGCAGUCAUUGCUCAGACUUACACUGAUUUGACUGGAGGUGCAUGUGCCAUUGGGGAGCAGCCAAUUAAAGGUCUGCUGGAUCCAGAAGCUAUGGCAAGGUUGGCUGUCGGGGAAGCACUCACAAAUCUUGUUUGGGCGAAGGUCACUUCUCUUUCUGAUGUUAAAGCGAGCGGUAAUUGGAUGUAUGCUGCAAAGCUUGAUGGGGAAGGAGCAGCCAUGUAUGAUGCUGCUAUGGCCCUUUCAGAAGCUAUGAUUAAACUUGGUAUUGCUAUUGAUGGAGGAAAGGACAGUCUUUCCAUGGCCGCUCAUGCUGCAGAUGAAGUUGUGAAGGCUCCUGGUAAUCUUGUAAUCAGUGUCUAUGCCACUUGUCCUGACAUAACAAAGACAGUAACCCCAGAUUUGAAGCUUGGAGAUGAUGGCAUUCUGCUACACAUUGAUUUGGCAAAGGGAAAGCGGCGUUUAGGUGGAUCUGCUCUUGCUCAGGUUUUUGACCAAGUUGGGAUUGAAUGUCCCGAUCUCGAGGAUGUUCAAUACUUCAAAAGGGUUUUUGAAGGAAUUCAGGACCUUAUCGGAGAUGAAUUAAUCUCUGCCGGUCAUGACAUCAGUGAUGGGGGGCUUUUGGUUUGUGCCUUGGAGAUGGCAUUUGCUGGAAAUUGUGGCAUUGUUUUGGACUUGACUUCAAAUGGGAAGAGCCUCUUGCAGACACUUUUUGCAGAAGAACUCGGUCUAAUUCUUGAGGUAAGCAAGUACAGCUUGGACACUAUAAUAGGAAAGCUUAGCAGUUUGGGUGUUUCUUCUGAGAUCAUUGGACAAGUUACUGCAAAUCCCUCGAUAGAGUUAAAGUUUGAUGGGGUAACUCAUUUGAAUGAGAAAACUUCACUGCUUAGGGACAUGUGGGAGGAUACCAGUUUUCAUCUGGAAAAGCUCCAAAGAUUGCCUACUUGUGUAGAUUUAGAGAAAGAAGGUUUGAAAUUUAGGCAUGAACCUUCAUGGGAAUUGCUCUUUACUCCUACCUUCACAAGCGAGAAAUAUAUGAAUGCAACUUCAAAACCAAGAGUAGCUGUGAUCCGAGAAGAAGGCAGCAAUGGAGACAGAGAAAUGUCUGCAGCAUUCUAUGCUGCUGGUUUUGAACCGUGGGAUGUUACAAUGUCUGACUUGCUUAAAGGAACCAUUUCACUGCAUGAGUUCCGUGGGAUUGUGUUUGUUGGAGGUUUUAGCUAUGCUGAUGUGCUUGAUUCUGCGAAAGGUUGGUCUGCUUCAAUACGAUUCAAUCAGCCCCUUUUAAAUCAAUUCCAGGAGUUCUACAAGCGGCCAGAUACUUUCAGUCUCGGUGUUUGCAAUGGGUGUCAGCUCAUGGCUUUGUUGGGGUGGGUCCCAGGUCCCCAAGUUGGCGGGGUGCUUGGUGCUGGUGGGGAUCCAUUUCAGCCGAGGUUUAUUCACAACGAAUCAGGAAGGUUUGAAUGUCGCUUUACAAGUGUGUCAAUAAAGGACUCACCUGCUAUGAUGUUCAAAGGAAUGGAAGGUAGUACUUUGGGCGUAUGGGCUGCUCAUGGUGAGGGAAGAGCAUUUUUCCCUGAUGAGGGCGUAUUGAAUGAUGUGCUUCACUCAGACUUGGCUCCACUUAGAUAUUGUGAUGAUGAUGGGAAUGUGACAGAAUCUUACCCUUUCAAUUUGAAUGGCUCUCCUUUAGGGGUUGCAGCCAUUUGCUCUCCAGAUGGAAGGCAUCUUGCCAUGAUGCCUCAUCCAGAACGUUGCUUCUUGAUGUGGCAGUUUCCCUGGUAUCCAAAGAGAUGGAAUGUGGACAAGAAAGGCCCUAGUCCUUGGUUGCGGAUGUUCCAGAAUGCUAGAGAGUGGUGCUCUUGAGAUGCGUUCAAUGGCAGCAGGCAUGGCGUUUUAAAGGUCACCAGGAUGAUUCAGAUUCUUGUCUUAUUGGGAUUGCUAGAAAUGUCAGAGAUGUCAAAUUUCUUUUAGUUUUUGUUUGGGACUACACAAGGUCUUGCAGAAAUGGGCAUUGAAGUUACCGUCAUUGCAUGGUGUUUCUCUGAA